AUGUAUAAUCUGUUCAUAUUACCGGGCCAUAAUCAGGAUGAUGUUGUCAUUCGUUUGUUUGGAGUUACGGCUGGCCAAAAUUCUGUUUGUGUGCAAGUGCAUGGAUUUGUUUCAUAUUUUUAUGUAUUAUUAGAAAGUGCAUUCGAAGAAAAACACAUCGAAUAUGCCAAAAAAUAUUUGGAUAAUUUAAUUAAGAGUCAAUUACCAACAAAUAUUGGAAUUUCGAAACAUGUUGAGAAGUUAGUUGUUGAUCUGGAAAUCGUACAAGGCGCCAAUAUUUAUGGUUAUAAGGAGAAUCUAAAUCAGAAUUUUCUAAAAGUAUAUGUUCGUCGUCGAAUAUUUAUGAAUGGAGUUGAUCUGACGAAAUCUGGAAAGACCGAGUCGCUGACGUGUUUUGAAACAAAUAUUGAUUUCGAAAUUCGAUUUAUGACAGAUCACGAUUUGGUGGGCUGCGCCUGGGUUACGUUGCCGCCGAAAAAAUACGAAAUUAUAAAAGAGAAAGAAAUGAUUAGUCGGUGCCAGUUUGAGUGCUCAGUAAGAAAUGACGAUCUAGUGGUCCAUGCGCCUGAUUCAUCGCCAAAAUGGUCAUCAGUAGCACCGCUGCGCAUUCUUUCUUUUGAUAUCGAAUGCACAAAUCGAAAAGGUAUUUUCCCAGAGGCUCAUACAGAUGCGGUCAUACAGAUAGCUAACAUGGUGAAAGUUGAAGGCGAGAAUGAGCCAUUUAUUCGCAAUUGUUUUGUUAUCGGUGAAACAGCGCCUGUUAUUGGCAGUGAAAUCAUUGUUUCUAAGAGUGAAGAAGAAAUGCUUGAAGUGAUUUCUUGUUUUUUUUUUUUUUCCUUUUUCAAGUUCUAUUCAAAGAGUAGAUCGUAAAA